UUGGCGCUUGCCCAUGCUGUCACAUUAGAAACAAAUAAACUGGAAGAUCUAGAAGCAGCAGCUACAGAACAGUUAAAUGUAGAUCAAUUUGCUGCACAAUCAAGUGCACGUAACAAUUACGCCCAAUAUUAUUCACCCCCAGUUACGCCCGCUUACUAUGUGCCUCCUACUCAAACGCCGCCAAGGCCUUGGAAUCCCUCGCCCAGUAAUUAUGUGCCGUCGCAAAGUACCCCGCCAUCCUCUGUAAAUAAUUAUAUUCCAUCGCAAAGUACCGUACAACCAUCAGGUAGUAAUAAUUAUGUGCCUCCAUCACCGAGCUACGUACCCAUUCAAAAUGAUCCACCUCAAAAUACAUGGACCAAACCGCAAAACAACUAUGUACCUCCACAAAAUAACUAUGUACCUCCCCAAAACAACUGGAACAACAAUAACAACAAUUGGAAUAACUGGAACAACCAGCAACCGCAGACUCCGACAACGUCAACAACAACAUCAGUGCCGGUGAUAAAAAAUGAACAAUCGUUUGGAGAUAAUGGCAGCUACAAAUAUGAAUAUGAGAUCGGAGACGGCACUCAUGUUGGUGAACAAGGUUAUUUUACAAAUUACAAUACUGACAGCGAGAGCAUCGUGAAAAAAGGAUGGUAUUCUUUCACUGACAGUAACGGAAAAGUUUACACCGUUACAUACUGGGCUGACGACACUGGUUACCACGCUACGGGAGAUCAUCUUCCAAAAGCUCCUCCAGUACCGCCCGCGAUUCAGGCAUCCAUAGAACAGAACGCCAAAGAAGAAGCGGCAAAAGCUGAGGCAGAGAAAAAUAAACCCCAACCAAAUAAACCAACUCAAAAACCCCAGCAAGGUUACUACCCACCACAAACCCAAUACCCUCAACAAGGUUAUAACCCUCAACAAACUCAGAAUCCUCAACAGGUUUAUUACCCCCCGCAAAAUCAAAAACCAGUUCAACCUCAAGUACCACAGAAACCUCAACAAACAGUUUAUCCUCAACAACCCCAAAACACAUAUUAUCCCCAACAACAGCAAACAUACUACCCGCAACAAACUCAGCAACAACAACAGACUUACUACCCACCAGCAAACUACCCUUCUUAUGGAAAAUAG